GUGGGGUUGGUAGUAGCAGGUCAGACGGAGUACUUUGGCAGAGGGGCUCCGUUAUGAGCGAGGCAUAGCUACCUAAACAUCACAUGGCAUGCCUUGGUCACUGGUAGACUGCAAACAAUGUGCGAGUGGAAAGAGACAAAAAAAAAACUUAUUGAAAAAGGCCCCAUUAUCCCCAAAAAUGAAAUGAAGGAGAGAGAGAGAGACACACACACACAGAGAGAGAGAGAGAGAGAGAGAGAGAGAGAGAGAGAGAGAGAGAGAGAGAGAGAGAGAGAGAGAGAGAGCAAGUCACCACGCGUUCAACAUCAUCAUUAUCCUUUUGUACCCUGCCGUUUUCUUAUUUUUUUCUUCUACAAUGCAAUGCUCUAGUUGUCAUCAUCCUUUGCAAGUGAUGAUGAACAACAUCGAUACCAGGUCCUGGAGACUGGCAACCGUCCGGUUGAUAGAGCAAUCUGAUUGAAAGCCGGCGAUAUU